AUGAAUUCGGACGUGAAGAUUUCGGCGUUGAGAGAAGAGCACUCCAAGAUUCUGAGUGAGAUGCAGAGCUUGGCAAGAAAGAUUCAGCACAAGAUAGAACAGGAAGAUGAGGGACACACACAGGGCAGAAGAGAUCAGCUAUUGUUGCCAGUGCCAGAUAAGACUGUCGGAGACUUGUCGCCAGGUCACCAUCGAGACUUCUCCAUCAAUUUGUCGCAAAUCAACGGAGCAUGCUCUGAAAACUCUCCUGCAUCACUGAGGGACAGCAUGAAUGUCAACAUGGAUACCUUGAAGAGGACCAUGAAGAUCAAAGUUGAAAGCAUCCUCAACUCGAUCGAUGGCUCCAUUCCGAGCUACAACACGAUGGAUGCAUGCGGAGACGGUCGACCGGCAUCGUCCAGGGGCUGGAAAGUCGAAAACUUGGUGUGCGAUUGUACUCAGGCGUCUAAGGAAGCAGCUGGGAGACGCGGAGAUCGGUUUCACAGCUCUGUGUACAAACACAACUUUGCGGAGCUGCGAUUGAGGGUUGCAUCUUUGGAGCGAGACCUGGAGAUCUCUCGCCAAGACUCAAACUUUCAGGCGCAGGAAUUGAUAGAUUGCGAAACAAGGUUGCAGGAAGCGAAUGCUGUCAUUGCACGGCAGCAAAAGGAGCUGAGCUCGUUGAGAAGGGGAUCCGAGGGCCUGAGAAUGAUAUAUGAGAAGGCAAACAGUGAUCUGCAGCAGUGCAAGAAGGACGUUCAAACACACUCAUUGAAAGCCAUGUCCCUAGAGAGCGACUUGAAUGCUUUAGCUAUCAGAUUCAACUGCCUCCAUGACGAGAAGAUGGAGUUACAGAACUCCUAUUUCUUGUGCAGGGAAGAGCUGAAACAGUUGAAGGAGCAGAGAGAAAACGUUUUGAGGGCAGUCAGCCAUCAUCAAAGCGAUUCAUACACAUCGCCGACACAGGAUAGAUACCAUCAAUCGAAUCUAUUGGAGGGAGACCAUGCUUAUUCGAAUGUUGGAAUCCUCAACUUUCCGUCAGACGAUGAGUUGAGCGAUAGACAGCUGAGCUUGCUAGAGACAGUACGUGCCCGCCCCAAAGAAUCCAUGAGUCAAGACGAAAGGAAAUUCGAUGAAAUCAGGCACGAUGCAUUGAUUGAGGAUUGCAGAACAAAAGAUGCCGAAAUAGAGCAACUGAAAUUCCGUCUCUCUCAACUCGCUUCGGAACAUUCUAGUUUGAGAGAGCAUCUGAUUGGUGACGUGAAAAGCGUGUCAAUCGAUUCUACGGACGUCAGUAACGAAUUGGCUUGUUUGAGACUCGAGUGGUCCUCGCAGCUUGACAGAUUGGAUGCAGAGGUCCUUGGUUUGAGGAAAGAGUCACAAGCCUUGAGGAGCGAGGCAGCUUCACUGAGCGACAAGAACCAGGUGCUGCAGACUCAACUGAAUGACUGCAAAGAUAUGCUGGAUGAAAACUGUUCUGAGCUGACCGAACUCCGGCAGAAAGAUCUUCACAGUGCCAUGAAACUGACCUUCCUCAACGCUGAGCUCGACGCCUGCAAACAUCAGCUGGAUGUUCACCGAGGGGAGGUCCAACACCUCCAAGAGGAGCUGGUGAAAGCACAGCAGCUGCACACGGAUAAAGCAAAAGAAGUCUAUGACCUGAGGGUGGAGAAGGAAUCUCUGACUCAGCAAGUGUAUGACCUGAGGGGGAGUCUGCUUGACACGAGCAAAUCUUUGGAGAAAUCGCAGAGUGAAAUUCAGUCCCAGGCUGAGGAAAAGAAAGUUGCUGAAGGAAGACUGAAUGAGGUUCAAGCUGAAUGUUUAACAGCACGCGCUGAAAGACAAAUAUUGGAUGAGAAGUACCAAGCAGUCUGUCGAGAACUUAAGAUGUUGCAAGACGCUCAAAGCGAAAACAGAUUGCACAUACAAACGAUUGAACUGCUCCAUGCCCGAUUGGAAGCACAGAAUGCGCAGAAUCAGAAGGUGGAUGAGGCAGUGGGCAGAGUUUGCGAUGUGGAGGGUGAGAUAGAACGACUACUCAACUUGUAUCAGGAGAAGAGAGGGCGAGAGUUCAUGCAAGAGAGGAGCUACUGGGUGACCCAAGACAACAUCCUAUCACAAAUUGAUGGAGUAGUCAAGAAUUUGUGCCAUUUGCAUGACAUAAUGGCUGGAGCGAUCUCAAAUUCAAUGCUUUCACAGGAGACGAAAGCUGCUGACUAUCAAUCGACGCUGCACCUGUGCCUGACCGAGUUCAGACACUUGACGCAAGAGAUAGAAAAGUUAAGAUUCCAAGUCCGGAAGGAUGAAGCAGCAAGAUUGGAACUGGAAAAAAACAAGAUCUCCCUGUCGAAGGAGCUCAGGAAUAGUGAGCAUCAAGUCUCGAAGUUGGAGGAGACGAUGGCGGAUAUGGCGACGAGGCAUCGAGUUGUUGAGGAGAAACUCUCAUACCUCCUCUCAUCAACACAAGUCAAAGGCGAAUACGAUGCUGCAAUCGACAGCAAGAUCAGCGAAUACGACAGCUGUCUAGAUAAGAUCUUGACGCAGCUGGACCAACUGCACAGCCAGGUCGCGUCUUCACGGGAGUUGAAUGAGGCGGCCCGGUCCUCCCCCACUCAUCGAGAAGGACAGAGAAAAAUCGUCGAUGAGAUGGUACAAGGUGUUCGAGCACACGUGAAGGAAUUCCUCUCGAACGGGAUCUUGGACAAUCAGUUUCAUCAGAUGGAGCAGAAGUUGUCAGAGAUGCUGUCGAAGAUCAACAACGACGACGAGCGGACUGUCGACAUGGACCAGGGAGACGGCAACAUGCAAGAAAUGCAAUCGAAGAUACAAUCCUUAGAGGCACGGGUCCAACAAAACCUGAUGGAACGCUCUGUCGUCGAGAGGAGGCUCGAGGAGGAGAAGGAGAAGGCGUACCAGCUGAAGCAGCAGGUCACCUCGUACAAGUGGGAGCUCGUGGAGGCGGUCAGGAGAGCGGAGAUGGCGGAGAGGGAGAUGCGGACGCAGGCAGAGAAGACAGCCAACAGCAGCUGUUGA